GGUAGCGGUGGAAUUGCAGCGGUGGUAGUGACUAAUAGCAAUAACUGUGGUUGUUGUGACGAGCAGCCGUGGCUUUCGAUCGACGCGACACCGACUAUAGGAAAACUAUGCCCCUCGAUGGCCUCCCGCAGGUUAAGACUCACCCCCGUUUGUCAGUACGACGCCGGUGGUUGUUGCUACUGCACGCAGCGGAAACGUCUCCUGCCUCUCAUGUUUGAGCCACUUCCUCGAUAACAUAGACGGGGAAAAUCGCGAUUCUUUUAACCGAAUCGAAAAAAACACACGUUGUUCGGCAGCGAUGUGGGUGAUCGUGUGCUAGCUGCGUGUUUCGAAAAGGUGCCAAGAGUUUUCCAGACGAUACAUGAAAUUGCGAAUACCCGGCAGGUUGACGAAUGGUGCUGGUGAAAAAUCCGUCCCCGACGCGCGGCCUGAGCCCCCAACGAGAACAUGGAAACAACAGCAGGUCGAGAGGACGAAGAGGUGGAGGACGGGGCUCGCGAGGAAACAGUCCCGCCGAGCAAACUGGUUCUCGAGGAAGUAGUCCAGGAAAGAGCGGUAGCUUCGACACCAAGGGAAAGGGGAAAAAUGUACUAUUACACUCACGGGGUAACGAGGCUGGCAGCAUUGAAAGAUUAAUAGACGGCGAUAAGCGGAUAAUUGCAACGAAGCAUCUACUUCCAGAAAAUAAUAUAAAUGUCGUCGUCAGAGUUCGUCCGCUCAGUAAUAAGGAAAUUAAAUCCGGUGACGAAAUGGCCGUGCAGUUUCCUGGUGAUGGACAGAUAUAUUGCGACGCGGUUACGAGCAGCGGUGAUAAAAAGCCGAAGGUAUUCUCAUACAAUGUCGUUUUUGAGCCAAAUGCUACACAGGAGGAUAUCCUGCAGUACUCCGGUAUUAAAAACCUCAUCGAAAUGGCGGUAGAAGGCUUUAGCUGCACCGCGUUUUGUUACGGACAGACUGGAAGUGGCAAAACGCAUACCCUGACUGGACCUCCGAGACUCUUCGACAAAAUGGAUCCGUACUCGGAGGACCAUGGUCUGGUCUUCCGUUCCUUCGUCUACCUAUUCAAAGUCCUUCAAGAACACGAAAAGUGCAAUUUUGUGCUGAAGGCUUCCUUCCUGGAAAUCUAUAACGAGAAGGUGAUAGAUCUCUUAAAUCCCGGCACUUCGAGAAAACCUUUGGCAGUUCGAUGGAGUAAAAAGACGCGCGGAUUCUUUGUCGAAAAUCUCUUCACGGUGGAAUGUGAGGAACUAGACGAUCUUUUGGCGGUUCUCGAAGAAGGAAUGAGAAAUAGAUCGAUCGGUACGCACAAUAUGAACGAAUAUUCCAGCAGAAGCCAUUCAAUUUUGACUAUAAAUAUAACUUCUGAGCAAGCAAUGGAGAACGGUGUGUUUAUCUCGAAACAAGGUAAAAUUAAUUUCGUGGAUCUUGCCGGAAGCGAAAUGACGAAGAAAACCCAAAGUGAGGGCAAAACCUUGGAAGAAGCGAAUAAUAUUAAUAAAAGUCUCAUGGUAUUAGGAUAUUGCAUUGCUUCCUUAAGCGAUGGAAAACGGAAAAGUGGUCAUAUUCCUUAUCGGGAUAGUAAAUUGACAAAGCUUUUGGCCGACAGUCUUGCUGGAAAUGGCGUUACGUUAAUGGUUGCCUGCGUUUCACCGGCUCGUUCGAAUGCCAGCGAAACAUUAAACACUUUGAGAUACGCUGCGAGAGCCAAAAAGAUCUCCACAAAGCCUAUUAUAGUGAUGGAUCCACGCGAAGCUCUUAUUCUCAGUUUGAAACGUGAAGUGGGGGCUCUUCAGACCGAAAACGACCAUUUAAGGAUGACUCUUCAUCUCAGUAACGAAGCUCAAAAUAUGCAUCGCAGCGAAUCGAAAAGCGAAAGAUUGAUACCCGUGUCACCGCCACCGGUGGAUCUCGAGAAAUUAGCUGAAAUGGAGAGUUCGGAACUGAGCCAGUUGAUCCAAGCAUACAUCACCGAAAACGAGGCACUACGACGAGAGAAUGCGGAGCUCUAUGCCACGCGGGAUCAAGUGAUACGGGACCAGGAACUCGUUUGCCGGGAAAACGAGAGGCUGCUCAAGAAACUUGAGGACGUAAACUUAGUUUGUUGCCGAUCGCCCAUAAUACCAGCGAGACCUUCGUACUCGGCGGAAUUAUUUUUGAAUGACAACAACGAAGACGUACCUGGUGCAACUAACGUUUGGACGAAUCCGAAUGCUGCUCCUAGUCCGGUGUAUUCCUUCUCCAAGAAUACUCUUGGUAGUGGAUUGUACAUAUCAGCUAGCAAUAUGCCAGAGAAGGUACUGAAGGAGCUCGACAAGCGCAGGAUUGUCGGCAGUUACAAUAACAUUGCCGAAGCCUACAAGGACAAGAACAGUCACCGUCGACACAAUUCAUGGGACAACAGUAAUCGGCCUAUGAUCAGCCCAGAACAAAGAAUCUCGCCAGUUGAUAUAAAUCAGUAAGUGAUUUGAUCUUAAUGUUAUCUAAUUUAUUGAUUAAUCUAAGGA